AUGGACCAUCUCCUGUCGAAGCUGACCUCGAUCUAUCCGCCGCCGAGGGCGCUCGAUGCGUAUGUGCUCAAGGGACACUCUGACCUCAAGGGCGUCACCGCAUGCCUAUGGGCGACUGACCAAGACCUUAACCUCGUCCUCCCCUGGGCGUCCCGCUGGACAGGCCCGAUAUCGCUACUGGUAACGACGACUGUGGAUCCCUCCUCCCCAGAACACGAAGCGCUCCUGUACCGCGUCUCGACGCUACAAACGAAGAACCCGCUCCUCAACAUCACGCUCUCGCUCCACCUCGUCCACCUGGCCCCGCGCACGCCCGACAACCCCAACGCGUUCCUCAACCUCGCACGUCUCCUCGCGCCCACCCCGCGCGUCGCGCUCUUCCCCGCCAACCUCUCCACCCUCCCACCACGUGCGCUCUACGCAGGCCUCCUCGCCCCCGCCGCGUCUUCCGCACUAGCCGUCGAGCCCGAGCCGCGGCGCAGCCCGGUCGUGCUCACUUCGCGCGGGCAGACGGGCUUCCCGUUCGCCCCGCUCGCGCCGGCCGUGCUCGGGCGCGACGACCCGCUGUGGUGCACGGAGCGCUUCUUCCCGCCGACGACGCGCGCGGCGGACUGGGAGGAGUGCGUUUGGCAGCUUUGGCUCGAGAAUUUUGGCGACGUCGAGGUCCGCCAGACGCGUGGGUGGCUGCACGAGGCCCUCGCUACGUCGCCAACGUCCCCGGCUGUGGAUUCGAGUCCGGCGAAGCUUCGCCGUCGCCUGGUUGCCAAAUUCAGAAGCGAGACCUGCGUUCUGGCCACGAGGCAGCUGGCUGCCCUCCGCAGUGCCGACAAAGCCAUGGAUGCGAAGAAGGCACGCUGGCUCAAGCGCGUGUGCCGCGCGUGGACGAACUCUAAUCCUGCAUAG